AUGGGAAAAGGGAAGGUAGGAGUUAUGAUUUUCCUUAUCUUUGUAAGUAUCACAGCAUGGGUUUUAUGGUCUAUAUAUAGUUUUUUUAUCUACCGUCGCACCUCAGUUGCAGGAAAAACAGUACUGAUCACUGGUGGUUCUACCGGUAUUGGGAGAUGUAUCGCCCUGCGCUUUCUUAAACUUAAUGCUAAAGUUGUUGUAUGGGACUAUAGCCUUGAUAAAUUAGAGAAACUUUCACAAGAGGCGAAUCUUAUUAAAUCAUAUCGAAGUGAUGGUGAAGGAGAAGAACGAGAUAUAAGUGAUGAGACAAGUUCAACUCAGGAAGGAACUCAUACUCCUUCUCAUUCAAAUCUUGUCACAAGUGUUGUGGAUUUUUCUAAUCGCAUUCAUGUACAGCGGGCGGCAAAACUGUUAGGUCCAGUUCAUAUUGUUGUAAAUGCCGCUAAUCUUUCAGGUACAAAACACUUUUUUGAUCGUCCAGACGAAUCCACGGAAAGAAUUCUUUUUACCAACGUGAUGUGUUCUCUUGUUUUGGCGAGAGUAUGUUUACCAAGUAUGCUUCGACAGCAGGAUGGUCAUUUCGUUACUAUUACAGAUAUGAAAGGAUUAAUAGGCGAUGGAGAACAUCCAGACUACGCCGCUUCACAAUGGGCAGCUAUUGGUGUACAUGAAAGUAUUCAAAUGAUGAUAGCUGGAAAGAAAGGAAAACGUGGUAAAGUACACAGUACACUUAUUUGUCCAUAUGGAAUUUCCUCAUCCUCUGAAACUAUAUCCUCCUCAUCAUCAUCAUCACCAUCAACAUUAUCAUUAUCUUCAUCUAUGAAAGGAACUACGACGAAAGCUACAAGUUCUCCUAAACCUCCUACUGAAGAUCGUUUGAAUAGAACAUCUAUAUUUAAUCCAUUGCGUAUGUUUUCUUUUAUGCCUCGUCAAGUUACACCUGAAGAAGUCGCUGAGUAUUGCGUUUGGGCUGUUUGUUAUGGAGUGGAACGUGUGUAUAUACCUAACUCCUUGCUAUUUUUCCCAUUACUUCGUAUCCUACCUGUACGGUGGUAUUUGUGGAUACAAUCUUUUUUUACUUCUAGAAAACCUUUGGCCACUUCAUGA